GGGGGCAGCGCUCACUCGUCCCGGGAAGGAGGCGGUCACCGAGCCCGGCCCGGAGCGGGUGGAGGCGGGGCCCGGCCUGGCCCGCCCAGCAGCGCCGCGCAGUACCCAGGCCGCGCUGGCUGCAGCCUCCCCGCCCCGGCGACUCCGUCCCUGUGGACCAUCACCAUGAGAAGCAGAGGAGGACUCACCCUCCUCGGAGUCCUGUUCAUUCCGGUUGUCCUCUGCCACUCAGAGAGUGCCCUGCAGUGCUACAGCUGUGUUGAUCCUGUUUCCUUCUGCAACGAAACCACCCGCUGUCAUUUAGACUUGGAUGCCUGUGCCAUUGUUCAGGCUGGGCCACGAAUAUAUCACCAGUGCUGGAAGUAUAAGGAUUGCACUUUUGAAGAGUUUUCUAAAAGAUUAGGAGAGCCUGAGCUAACAUAUAGAUGCUGCCGGAAGAAGCUGUGUAACCGCGACUUGGAAAAACCAGAAAAAGAUAAAGGGGGGACGGUCACCUUAUCAGGGAAAACCAUACUGGUGGUGCCGCUGGUUCUGGUCACAUCCUGGAACUGUUUUCUCUGAUUCAACACCAGGAAGGAUUCUGCAGGCUGUCCCCUUCUCUAUCUUUCCCAUUUCCUGGCAGCUGCCCUCCAAAGCCUUUAUUCUUUUUCAACUGGAUCCUGCUGGGAAGGAAUAAAAUUGUCCAUCCUGGAA